AUGUCGUCUCGCAAGCACUUUAUCAAUGACCCAACCCACCUCGUCGCCUCGGCCUUGCACUCUCUCACCCUGACAAACCCCAACGUCGCCGUCGAUGCGGCCAACAAGAUUGUCUACCGGCGGCCCUCGCCCUCGGCCGACGACCACGCCCAAGUGGCGGUCGUGUCUGGCGGCGGAUCCGGGCACGAGCCGUCCUUUGCCGGCAUGGUGGGCGCGGGAAUGCUCUCGGCGGCCGUGGCGGGCUCCAUCUUCGCGAGCCCCUCGGCGGAGCAGGUGCGGACGGCCAUGACGGCCAGGGUCGACGCCGGGGCGGCCGGGGUGCUGGUCGUCGUCAUGAACUACACGGGCGACGUGCUCAACUUCGGCGUCGCCGUGGAAAAGGCCAAGGCCGCCGGGCUGCGCGUCGAGAUGGUGGUUGUCGGUGAUGAUGUCGGCGUCGGCAGGGCCAAGGCCGGAAAGGUUGGCCGGCGCGGCAUCGCGGGGACGGUGCUUGUGCUCAAGAUUGCCGGCGCCAUGGCGGCCCUGGGCCGGCCGCUGGACGAGGUGGCCAGGGUCGCGAGGCUCGCGGCCGCAAAUGUCGCCAGCGUCGGGGCCAGCCUCGCACACGUCCAUGUCCCCGGCCGGGCGACAGACAUCGAGGCCGAGCAUGACGGGCUGGGCCCCGACGACGUCGAGGUCGGCAUGGGCAUCCACAACGAGCCGGGCUGCGGGCGCGCCGAGCUCCACCUGCCGCGGCUGGUGAGCACGAUGCUGGCCCAGCUGCUCGACGCCGCGGACCGCGACCGGGCCUUUCUCUCCGUCGACAGCUCCGCCGAGGUGGUGCUGCUCGUCAACAACCUCGGCGGCGUCAGCGUCCUCGAGAUGGGCGGCGUCACGGCCGAGGUGGUGGCCCAGCUGCGCGACGGCUACGGCGUCCGUCCCGCGCGCGUGCUGAGUGGCACCUUUAUGACCAGCCUCAACGGGCCGGGCUUCAGCAUCUCGCUCCUCAAAGUCGUCGACACCGGCAUCGGCGCCGGCGCCGGCAUGCUCGAGCUGCUGGACGCGCCGUGCGAGGUCACCGGCUGGUCUGCGCCGAUCCGCACGGCGUCGUGGGACGCCCGGAACACGGCGACGAGGACCGACGAUGCCAAAGCAGAGCAGGCGGUUCAGCCGAGCGGGCUAAAGAUGGAGGAUCCCCAGCGUGUUCAGUCGGCCUUGGUUCGUGCCCUGGAGAGGGUGGUGGAGGCGGAACCGGAGGUUACGAGGUUCGACACCGUCGUUGGAGAUGGAGACUGCGGCAUCGGGCUCAAGAGAGGCGCCCAAGAGAGGCGCGCAGCAAUCCUCAAGCAUCUCGAGCAGAGGCCCCUGACGGGCGACGCCGUCGUCGACGUCUCCUCCAUCGUGCCCGUCGUCGAAAGCACCAUGGACGGCACCUCGGGCGCCCUCUACGCCAUCUUCCUCAACGCCCUGGUCCACGCCCUGCGCGCCUCGCCGCCCGGCAGCAGCACGACCCCGCGAUUCUGGGCCUCGGUCCUCGAGCAGAGUUGCGACGCCCUGGCAAAGUACACGCCCGCCCGCCCGGGAGACAGGACUCUCGUCGACGCCCUGUACCCCUUUGUCGAGGUGCUGGGCAGGACCGGCGACGUCGGCGAGGCGGCGCGCGCGGCUCGCAGGGCGGCCGACGAGACGAGGGGCAUGCAGGCCAGUCUCGGGCGGACCGUCUAUGUCGGCGGCAGCGGCUACGAGCAGGUGCCUGAUCCCGGCGCCUGGGGGCUGGCCUGUUUCUUCCUGGGGUUGGCGGGUGCGGAGCCGGCCGAACGGGGCUGA